AUGGAACAGAUUCAAUGGCUUGCUCGAUGUGGAUUGAUUGAAUCAGUAGUUCAAAGUUUAUUUAAUCUUAUUGAACAUCAAUUAGAUGAACUUAUAUUAACAUUCAAUGAGUCAGUGGUCCAUCGGAUAAAUUAUGUAAAAGAUCAUAUGCCAAUGUUUCCUGACAGAGAUAAUCAAUCGAUCGUUUAUUUAAUAGAUUAUGUAAAACAAGAUGAAAUUCAUCUUAAUUGUGAUCAAUUACGUUCUACAUAA